CUUUCCUUCCUCCUGCUGUUCUCUCCCAGUCUCCCACGCGAUGGGGUAGGUGCUGUUGGUUACAGGGGGUAUAGAUGUGGUUCAGUAGCCCACGGGCAAACAUCAGGACCGUGUUGCAGAACCUCUGAGCCUUCCAAACCCACCACACUGCGAGCAGCCGAUGUCCGUGAGCAGCCCAGGACCUCUCCUCCUCUUCCUCUCUCAGAAACGUGACAGACGCCUGCCCAGGAUGAUGCACAACGAAGGGCAAAGAUUGUUUUGAGAAGGAGGAUGAAUGGAAGGGAAAAAGGCACGUGAGAAGGAUGGCAAGCUGUGCUUCAUGACCACCUCUCGCACCAUGUUUUAUGGGCCGUCCUCCACCAUGGCUCCGCCGUCCAAGAACCGGCUGAAGCGCCAGAGCCGGCUCUUCUCCCAGGUCCUGUACCGCACCCUGAGCUACAAGGACCGCGGCUCGGCCUCCGCCUCCCCGGCCGCCGCCGAGGACGACCCGGCCGAGCUCUCCACCCAGCUCUCAGCCCCUGGCAUCCUGAAAAUCUUCGGGGGCAACAUCUGUGCGGGCACCAACUACAAGAGCGUGCUGGUGACGGGCAGCUCUGGCGCGCGGGAGCUGGUGAAGGAGGCCCUGGAGCGCUACGGGCUGAGCCAGCUCAGCGCUGGGCAGUACGCGCUCUGCGAUGUCAUCGGCCGCUUCCAGGGCCCCGAGAAGCAGUGGCAGACAGAGGGGCUGAGGGUCCUGGGUGACCACGAGAAGCCGCUGCUCAUCCAGGACCUCUGGAAGCCCAGGGAGGGCUUCUCGCGCCGGCUGGAGCUGCGCAGGAGGGCGGAGGUGGAGGAGAUGGCGGCCAGGGACGUGGACACCACCACUGCAGGUCAGAGCUGGGUGUGGGGCAGGGAGAGGGGUUGGGAUGCACCCCCAGACCGGCAGCUUUCACGCGUGGUUUGGGUGCAGGGGGUGGUGCAAGUGGGAGAGUGGCCACAUUUCCACAUUUUAGCUGCAAGGCUCCUGGGAGGCUCCCAGGACGCUGCCCAGCUGAGGUGCAUGGGGGACAGCUGGGGACAGCGAGGGGACAGCUGGGGACAGCGGGAGGCUGCAGCACUCACUGCAUGGCAGGGAGGACGGUCCCUUCUCCCCCGUCCCCGGUUCAUGCUGCGUCUCCUGGCUUGGCAGGACAGCCUGGUUUACCUCCUGAACCGCGAGCAGCACACGGUGGGCCAGAGGACGCAGGCGAGCAAGCCCAGCAUCAGCCUGUCAGCCCCCGACAUCCUGCCCCUGCACUGCACCAUCAGGAAGCUCCGGCCUUCCCGGCAUCGCUCCGAGGAGAAGCUGGUGCUGGAGCCCAUCGCCGGCGCUGCCGUCUCUGUCAACUUCUCGGAGGUGGCCGGGCCGGUGGUGCUGCGGCACGGGGACCUGCUGUCCCUCGGCCUCUGCUACCUGCUCCUCUACAAGGACCCCAUGAAGGCGCAGCCGCUGCCGGCGCAGACCCUGCUGAGGCUGCGAGCCCUGCACCCCGAGGGUCCCCACGUGUGCGGGGCGUGUGGCAGCCUGCUGAAGGACAAGGAGGCUGCCAAGAAGAGGGGCCCCUCGCCCCACGGUGGCCCCAGGACACCCCGCAGGAGGCUGCAGCUGGAGUUCGAGCCGGCGGCCGAGGAUGUGCUCCUGCGGCGCAUCAUGACCCUGAUAGAGCCCGGGGGGGACGACCACAAGCUGACACCCGCCUUCCUGCUCUGCCUCUGCAUCCAGCACUCGGCCACCAACUUUGAGCCAGGAGACUUCGGGCAGCUGCUGCUCAAAGCGGCCAAAAUGAUCCAGAGGACGGUGUGGGAGCGGACGCGGGAGCUGGCUGAGAAGCAGUCUCAGCACCAGGACCCUGCCACCCUGUCCCGCUUCACCAUCACAGACCUUCUCCCAGACCUGCAACACAUCGUCUUCUGGAUGGCCAAUGCCAUCGAGAUCCUCUACUUUGUCCAGCAGAAAUCACCCACCUACAUCCAGAGCAUGGAGGAAGAGCUGGACAUCAAAGGCUCCAAGGAGUCCCUGUUCUCCUCGACCAUCACGGCCAGCGAGGAGGCGAUGACGGUGCUGGAGGAGGUGAUCAUGUACACCUUCCAGCAGUGUGUCUACUACAUCUCCAAGUGUCUGUACGUGUCACUCCCUGCCCUGCUGGAGUGCAACCCCUUCCAGAGUGAGUGCCGGGAGAGCUGGAGGGGGACCCCGCCGCUGCCCGAGGAGCUCCGCAGGGUCGUGCUCAUCUACCAGGCUGUGCUGGAUCUGCUCCACCAGUAUGAAGUGCAUGCCGAGAUCACCUCCCAGAUGUUCGCCUACCUCUUCUUCUUCUCCAACACCCUCCUCUUCAACCAGCUCCUGGAAAAGGGCUCCUCUCUUGGCUGCUACCACUGGUCUCAGGGGGUGAAGCUGCGGGCCAGCAUGAGGCUGCUCCUGGAGUGGCUGCGCAGCGCUGGCUUCGAGCAGCUCUCCCAGCAGUUCUUCGCCAAACUCGCCAGCGUGGCCAACCUGCUGGCCAUGCCCGGCUCCCAGCUGGUGCAGAUGAGCUGGCCAUCCCUGCGAGCCGAGUUCCCCGCGCUGAGCCCUGCGCAGCUGCACCGGGUGCUGAGCCAGUGCCAGGCAGUGAUGGACAUGGGCUGCAUCUCAGCGUGGCAGCCCAGCGAGGAGGAGAGCCCGGCCACCUUCCAGCCCGAUGAGAUGCUGGAGUCCUUUGACAACCACCCACCCAUCAUCCUGCCCAGCGGGGGCUUCAAAGUGGACCUGGAGGUGGAGACGUUGGAUGACAACAUCUACAGACACCUCCUUUACAUCCGCCACUUCCUCUGGAGCCUGCAGAGCAGGAGCCCCCACACCAGCGAGGGGUCAGCCUCAGCACUCCCAAAGAAAGAGGCAUGCACGACGCCGGAGGUGCUGGAGGUGAGCGAGGGCCCGGUGGCCACCCUGGGGAGCCCCAUUGCCCAGGAGGAUUAUCGCUCCCUGGGUGGCUGUGCUGAGCAGGAGGGGAACCCCCAGCUCUGCCUGACCCCCAGCCCCUGCGAGCCCCCCACCGGCGAGCCCCAGCUCCAGGAGAAGCUCAAGCAGCUGCAGCUGGGCAGGAGCCCUGUCCCCAAGGCCGGCACGGCGCCCACAGACUCCUCGUGCCUGCUGACACCACCCACCACCCCCCUGAACUUCGACUCCAUGAGCCCGGGGUCCCCGCAGGGCACUGGCAAAGGGCCGCAGGACCCCCGGAGGAACGGCAUGAACGGCACCAAGGGCAGCACCCCCGAAGGCUGCUCGCCGACCCCCUAUGACUACCCCACGCCGGAGUCUUCCAGCCGCAGCUCUGCCACCGACGACUUCUGCUACGUCUUCGUGGUGGAGCUGGAGAGGGGACCCAUCGGGCUGGGGAUGGGGCUGAUCGACGGCGUGCACACCCCUCUCUGCUCCCCGGGGAUCUACAUCCGCACCCUGAUCGAGGACAGCCCCGCGGCCGCCGACGGCAGGCUCUCCAUCGGGGACCGCAUCCUGGCUGUCAACGGCACCAGCCUCAUCGGGGCAGACUACCAGAGUGCUGUGGACCUCAUCCGCUCCGGAGGGAAGAAGCUGCGGUUUCUGGUUGCCAAGUCGGACAUUGAAAUAGCCAAAAAAAUCAGUUCCAGCUCCUCUUCCUCUUAGUCCUUGUGGUACAAGGAUCCUUCUGCAGCAGCUUGUGGCUACAGCUCUGGUAAAGGCUGACCUCAGGGAGCCUGGAGUGCAAGAGGGAGGACCAGGACUCCACAACAGCUCUCAAUGUGCUUUUGGACACUUUGCCCCUGCACUGCAGCAGAUGAAAGGACAUGCAAGGAUGGUGCACGCUUUUCCUACUGCACAGGCUGGGAGCAUCGUUCCUGAUCCAUUGCCCAGCCCCACCUGAUACCCAGCACCAUCCUUCUCAAGAGUUUUCCUCUUCCUUUCUCCCCUCUGGCAGGGGGAGGGAAGGGAAUGAUCCCACCAUGGGGACUUGUAGGCAGGCUCCUCUGUUCCUCUAGGCUGGCAGCCCUGUGUGAUAUUUUAUGCUGGCAUGCAGAAGGUAUGAAAUACCUUUGGGUUUUGGAGAGAACACGGGGGGCAGGCCUGGGCUGUGCUGUGGCAACCUGAGGUGCUGGCACAUCAGGCUGGAAAAGUGUGCCCAGCUCUGGGGGUGUGAAGGCAGCACAAGCACCCGGGAGUGAGAUCCCACACAGGAUGCAUUGCCAGGAGUUAAUCCCCUGGUGCCAUACACUAGCUCAGGUGCCUUUCUGCUGCUGGGCUAGAGCCCUGCUUCAGGAUGGGAAGCAGCUACAGCAAAGGGCUGACACCACCAGCAGCUCCUGUGAGAGCUCCCUGCAGAGAAGGACUCCCUUGCUCUUGCUCCGCAGAUUUAUUGCCCGGCUCUGGCACCACAAUCCCAGCUGAAGGCUGCCAGGACUGAUGGCAGAAUAUUCCCACAGAGAACUGGUGCCACCAGGAACCGGAGUGACCCAGCAGCACUCGGCACUGCCACCAGCCCAGGCAGACAAAUGACAGCUUGGCACCACGUCCUGCUCCUCCUGCUCCAGCAUCGCCAGCCCAGGCAAGGCCAGCCUGUUCUGUGCCCUGCUCAGAGCAUCUCCCAGGAGCGUGCUGCUGAAAUACCGACAGGUGAUGAUGGACAGCAGAGACUCCCUUUGGGAGGACACUUGUGAAUACCCCAGGAACCGCUCUGCUCCUGCUGCAGACCCCGGUGUGACUCAGCCGAGGGCUCAGCUCCAUCGUGUGGCUGCCCGGGGCCCCGCACAGCCGGCUCCUGCCCGAGUCCUCCCUCUGCUUUUAGCACCAUUAACGGGAUAAACCCGACCUGAUUUCCGCAUAUAGACAGAUACUGAGACCUAGUUUAGCCGAACCCUAUUAAAACAGCCUGCAGCAAAGCCCUCCAUCACACCCUGCCCGGUGCAGGCUCUGGCAGUGGAUCAGAUACUCACAUGGCAUCUCACAACAGUGCUCUGAGGAUUGUGAUGCUAAAACAGGGUUGGCUUUAAUUACGCCUCGCUGCUGCAGUUUUGGUUCCUGUGCUCAGUCUUGCACGUCGUAGGAGAGGAGAGAUGUCAAAACACUCCAUGCAAGGGAAAUGCUCCACUACUGGAUUUCAACACAGCCUGGCCUGCUUUUCUAGGCAAGAAGGACCAGGCACCUUCUCUGAGACACGAGUGCCUUGCUGCUCUGCUGGGCCACGGGGUGCUGCCCCAGCACAGACUGGGAGCAGUGCAUCCUCCUGCUACUGACUCAGCUCUAACAGGCAGGUGAGCAAAGGCUCAGGGCUCCUGGUGAUUCACUUCACUUUCAGUCAAGUAGGUAUGCUGGCCUGUCAUCCUCCACAGAACUUGAAAUGGGCUUCCUAAAGCCCCUGGGCAAACUGCAUGCACUCUUUACUCCCCUCUGCCCCCGAGCCAGGGCUUGGUGGGGAGGUGUGGUUUGCACUAGACAGUGCUGGGGCUGCAUCCUGGCACGUUGCAGCGGUACCAGCGCAACCCACUGAGCACCCCUGGAGCUGGAAAACAGCCCCAGAGCUGUGUGUCGCUCACAGUGCAGUCAAGUAUGGAAACAGACUGUAAAUAAACCCUGCUAUUUACUAGUGUGCAUGAGGGCUGGCUUCUCCCAGGAGGAGCAGUGGGAUGGAUUGACUUCCCUGUGUUAAUACUGUACAGCCAAGAUGUGUAUAAAGCUCUGGUGCAGGUACUGAGCACAGCAUGGCGCCUGUCGGACACAGUGGAUGUUAAGAAAUGCUCUGUGUCAACAAUAAACUGGAUCAAUAAAUCUCUCUAAGCCCUGC